UAGCGAGCAGGCGCUGCCUUCCACUCUCGGGAACCUCCCAUCCCUGACGUCAGCUGUGAUCCCGCCCACUUGAGGAGAACGUAACGCAGGCGGGAAAUUCGAACUUUAGGAGACCUAGUUGUUUAGGAACCUGCGGUUUGAUAAACUGAUUGAACUGCACAACCACAGUUAUUAAAGGGAACCUGUUACAUUGAAAAUGCAGUUCAAUUGGCAGACAUCAUGUUAUAGAGCAGAAGUUCCUCAUGUUCCUAAAGGAACAUCCACAGCAACCAGCAAGACUUCAGUGACACCAAGCAUGCCUAAAGAAAAGAAAAUAAGACAACCUCUUGGAACAAUGUCUACAAACACAGGUUUGCCAGAAGUACCACUAAAAGGUUUAUGUGACUGUAAUUUACAACAAGAGUUUAAAUACGCCGAUAUACUGUUGAAUACGGAGAAAGCUACGCUGGGUGAACAUCGCAGAAAAAAGCUGAACCAUUUGAAAACUAUCAACCAGAGAGAAAAUAUAAGUAAAGCAGUGUGUGCCUUACUAAAUUCUGGAGGAGGAAUAGUACGGAUUAAAAGUUGUGAUGAAGAUUUUAAUUUUAGGAAGGAUGGGUUAGGACUGGACCUUGAGGAAGCAUUACAGAAACUAAUAUAUGAUUCAGCAUUAAUGGGUGAAUACUAUGAUGUUUCUCAGGAAGGAUCUUAUUUAAAUAUAUUUGUUAAACCUUGGGGUUCACAAAAAUAUCCUAAUCUUUGUACUCUAGAUACCGGUUUAUACAUUCGAUCCUACAGCUCCAAGAAAAUUGCAAAUGCUGUGAUGGUGAUGGGCCUUAUAAAAAAAAAAUUAGAUACAAAAGGAAAAAAACGUUGCUCUUCUACAGUCCCAAUUGAAUCUCAACAUGUGUUACAAAAUUUGAUAGCAAGAGAGUAUCUAUGUCUAGGGGAAAAACUGGAAUUGACAGAAUCAGAAUAUGUUGAAUUCAAGGAUUAUAGCACAGGAAAGUUUUUACAAAGAAUUAAAGAAGUAAUUAAAAAAUAUUUCUCAGCAUUUGGGAACUGUUGUGGAGGAUUUUUAAUCAUUGGAGUAGAUGAUAAUGCAACCGUAAAAGGUUGUGGAAGGGAAACCAACAAGCCAGAGAUUGAAAAUCACAUUAGUGAAGCUUUGAAAAGUAUGAUUUUUGUCCAUCUUGGAGACUGCAAUUCAGUAGAUAAGUUUUACACUCUUACAAUUAAAAAUGUUCGAGAUGGGAACAAUCAUACAGGAUAUGUUAUUCUCCUGAAAGUGGAGCCAUUUUGUUGUCUUGGCUUUGAGAAGGAUCCUCAGUCUUGGAUUGUAGAUUCAAAACCUGAAGAUUGCUUAUUAAAUGGUCUGCAAGCAAAGCAACUGACUGCAUCUCGGUGGGUAGAGAUCAUGAGCAACCACAGUACAGUGCCUGCUCUGGAGUUACAAUUUGAAAGACUAACCAUUAAUGAAGGACCGCCACUGGCGAAGCCUCUGUACACAAAGAAAGGCCUGGAAACAGUACAGGAGUUACAGCAGAGUCUGUUUGACAGUAUUGAGAAUGGGAUAACAAUAAAACCUGAUAAACUGUAUGAGGAUCUUAAAGCAGAACACUCUGGUUUGGAAGACCUGUUCAAUACUAUACUGCCAAAUUCUGGGGCAGUACUCAUUGUAUCUAGGAGCUGGGCUGUGGAUGUAGGACAGAAGAGCAACCAACAUGUUGUGUGUGAUAUUUUGUUCUUAUCACCAAACAACUACCCAACACUAUACUCUGUCUUCAAUGCUGAGAUUACUGACAAGGAGUUUGAGUAUUCACAAACAACAGCUUUUGCCUUGAAGCAAAAAUUUGUUAACAUUGGAAGCUACACUAAAAAGUUUUGUAUAAUUCCUGCUAUGCUGGAUCUAAAUACUAAAAAUGGCAAAUCCAGCUUCUCCUGGCCUAAGAUAACGUAUCCAGAGACAUACAAACUGGAGGACUUGAAUGCUGUAAAAAAAUUACUACCACCUCUUUCACUAGUCAUUCUCAGUUUUAGAAACAUGCUAAGUGAUAAGAUUGGAAUUGAGUACUUUAACCUUCUUACUAUAGAACAGUAUAAGGUGUUGUCAGAGAGUGUAUUUAAUCAGAUCACCUUCGUGCAUGGACCACCAGGAACUGGAAAGACUGUUAUUGCCCUAGAGAUAAUCAAGAGAUUAAAAAACAGAGACCAUUGUUCAACUGAUGAAAUCCUCUACGUUUGUGAAAAUAAACCAUUAAGAGAGUAUGUCAGGAGUUACAACAUCUGUCAGGUCAUGACUCGUAAGUGGUUUAUAACUCAGGAAAAAGUUAUUGUUAAGCACAUUGUGGUCGAUGAGGCUCAGGCCUUUCGUGCAGAUGAAGGUGAUUGGUAUAAUAAAGCAAAACAUAUCACUGAAGAAGCUGAUGGUGAAUUAUGGGUUUUCCUGGACAUGUUCCAGUCACAUCACAAGCAAUGUACCGGUCUGCCAGAAUACAGAUUGCAGAACAAGCACAUUUUAACAAAGGUGGUUCGGAGCCCUCAGUUAAUAUAUGGCAAAAUGCUUGAGAAAAUGAAAACCAUAGCUUCCAAAGCUAAGGACCCUUUUUUGGCUGAGCAAAUAAAAAGAAGUGGGUGUCAGCAUGGGAUAAAGGGAUCCUAUGAAGUUAAGAAACUUGUGUCGGCUGACAUUGUGAAGCAUGUGGCUGAACACUGCAAGACCUAUCUUUCUAGUGGUUACUCACAAACCGAUAUUGCUAUUUUAUGCAACACAGAAAAUGCAGCUGGAAUAUACGCAGAACAACUUUCUAAGGAGAUGAAACAGUUCGUAAGAAAACGAAGAAUGGUAUUCAGAAGUGCAGAUGAUACUACACAAGAUGCUAUCAUUGUAGACAGUGUCCGGCGCUUUGCUGGACUAGAACGACUUAUUGUGUUUGCAAUUAACCCUGUAUCUGAAUUCUGUGAUAUUAACUCAAACCUUUUUGUCUGUGCGGCCUCAAGAGCUACUGGAUGUCUACACAUGCUUUAUGAAAUAUAAGAUUGACUAUAUAGUUCAUUUAUAAGGAAUUGCCUUCAAAGAUUUUAUGGGCAAUAUUUCUUGAAAGGAUCUUUAAAGGACAUCUAUAGUGCAAAAUAACUUAUCCCUUAUCCGAAGGAUAGGGGAUAAGUUAUAGAGCGCGGGGGGGUCCGAGCGUUGGGGCCCCCGCGAUCUCCGGAACGGGGCCACGGCAAUAUACAAGAAAGGGGGCAUUCCGUCCCCGCCUGACGCGGCAGCCGAUACGCCUCCUCCAUGUACCCCAUAGAGAUACAUGGAGGGGGAAUGUCUGCUGCGGCUUUCUGCUGGGGACGAAACUUCA